GACGCGUGUGACGCGGCGCCGGGUGCUAAUCCAAUCGAGAAACAUGGCCGGGCCCAACCCCCGCAAACUCUCACGUGGAGACCGAGGCCUGCCGAACCCUGUUCCGACGUCUGUUCUGUUCUCGUAACAAUCGUCGAGUUCCGACUCGAGCUAUCUAUUUCCCGCCAGCCUGGCCCCGUUACCCCGUUACCUUUUCUACUCGGCCUGGCCUGGCAGAUUGACGAUGCAACCUCAAACUUUCUCCUUGGCGGCAAAGAGCAACCAUUAGCCCAGCGCUGCGCCCAUAAAUUCCUGUCUCCUCUCGACUCUCCAAGCCCGACUUUGGCCAGAGAGCGUUUGAGAGUCCCCAACCGACCGCGGCGAUUCACCAUAGAGUCUAGACCCAGACCCAGACCCAGACCCAGACAACUGCCACACAGUUGCCAUGGCAGACACAAAGACCUCAUCCAUCGACGUCGACGACCCCAAGGUGCCCACCAACACCACCGGCGAGUCCAAAAACGACACCCACUUCGCUGCCGAGAGAGGCCAUGUCGCGACAGACCAACAUGGCCAUUCCCUUGUCCACAUCGACCCCAAGGUCGAGGCCAGACUCCGGUGGAAGAUCGACUUGUACGUCGUACCAACCGUUGCACUGCUCUACCUCUUCUGCUUUAUCGACAGGGCCAACGUCGGUAAUGCCAAGAUCGCCUUCCUAGAGAGAGACCUGGGCAUGGCGGGCUACGACUACAAUGCCCUUCUGUCCGUCUUCUACAUCUCGUACAUUGUCUUCGAGAUCCCUUCCAACAUCAUGUGCAAGUGGGUAGGGCCUGGCUGGUUUAUCCCCGGCAUCUCGCUCGGUUUCGGCAUAUGCUCCCUUGCAACCGCAUUCGUCCAGACCAAGGCCCAAGCUUCCGGCGUCCGCUUCUUGCUCGGCAUCUUUGAGGCCGGCAUGAUGCCCGGCAUCGCAUACUAUCUAUCUCGCUGGUACCGCCGCGCUGAACUGACUUUCCGCCUGUCGCUGUACAUUGUCAUGGCGCCCCUUGCUGGAGCCUUUGGCGGCCUCUUGGCCUCGGGAAUUCUCAGUCUCGAUCAUGUCGGCUCCGUUCGCGGCUGGCGCAUGAUCUUCCUGGUCGAAGGCAUCAUCACUAUUGGCCUUUCCGUCAUCGCAUUCUUCACGCUCACCGACAGGCCUGCGACAGCCCGCUGGCUCACCGCCGAGGAGCAGGACAUGGCCAUCGCCCGCGUCAAGGCCGAGCGCGUCACAACAACCGAGGUGCUCGACGCCAUGAACGUGAAGAAGCUGCUGAAGGGCAUGGCGAAUCCCGUCACCUUCUCGACGGCCCUAAUCUUCCUGCUCAACAACAUCACGGUGCAGGGCCUCGCCUUCUUCCUCCCCACCAUCGUCAAGACCAUCUACCCGGACAAGAGCACCGUCACCCAGCAGCUGUACACGGUGCCCCCGUACAUCGUCGGCGCCUUCUUCACCCUGCUGCUGCCGCUGAUAUCCACCCUGGCCGACCGCCGCCAGGUCUUCAUGAUCCUGAGCGCCCCCACCGUCAUGAUCGGCUACAUCAUGUUCCUAGCCGUCGACAAACCCCAAGUCCGCUACGGAGCCACCUUCUUGAUCACCAGCACCGUGUACGCGCUGGGGCCCAUCACCAACUCCCAAGUGAGCGCCAACGUUAUCUCGGACACGUCCCGCACGAGCGCCAUUGCGCUGAACGUCAUGCUAGGCAACAUCGGCGGCCUCGUGUCGACGUGGAGCUUCCUACCGUGGGACGCGCCGAACUACCACAUCGGCAACGGGCUCAACCUCGCGACCUCGGGCACCGUGCUCGUCAUCUCGACGCUCGCGCUGCUGUGGAUGAAGCAGGACAACCGCAAGCGCGAGUCGCGCAGCGUCGAGGAGGAGCUCGCCGGCCUGAGCCAGCAGCAGGUCCAGGACCUCGACUACAAGAAUCCUGCGUUCCGCUGGCACCCUUGAGUUUAUUUUUGGGCAGGGGUUUUUAUUGGGAAUGGUCAUCUUUGAGAUAUAGCGGAAAGGGAUUUACCAAAUGCCUGGUUAUCUAGGUUGUUAUUGCACUAUUAAUGCUCUGCUAUAUGGGACUAUAUAGGGAGUGGGUAGGGAUAAGGGAAAUAUGGGAAAUAUGGAUACGUCAUUAUCCAGUAGAUGGAUACCGCUUUUAGGAUCUAGUUGGUCAUUUUACCGUGUGGCAACCAACAACUUUGGGUUUAUAUCUGUGACAGUGUUAAUGCCUUUGCCUGGGCUGCUCUCUUAAUGAGGCAAUUGCUUUCUGGAUUUCGAUUGCAGCCGUCGGGAACUAACCCAGCU